AUGGGGGUUUCGAAUCUAUGGGAUAAUCUCCAGCCGGCGUUUGAGCCGCGAGUUCCCUUUUGCCACUUUGCCACACAGUUCUAUCGGGCACAGCAGCGUCCAAUCAGAUUGGCCAUCGAUGCAUACAUCUGGCUUAUUGAAGCCAGUAGCCUCACGGCUCGCAGUACCACCAACGGAUACAUCCAAACCCUCCAUGCCAGAGUCCGGGAAUUAGUGAAGCUACACGUUUCUUUUGUGUUUGUUUUUGACGGGAAGUUUAAGCCCAAGUCCAAGGGCCGCACAGGCCGCACCGCGCUGGAGGAGACCGAAUCUUUGCAUGAGUUUCAGCGAAACUACUAUGAGGUGCGGGAAGCACUACAGGAUCCCAGCAUUGAUCUCAGGGAGACCACUAGCUCGAAAUUCAUGAUUCAGGUGACAGAGUUUCAAGAACACUUGGCCGCAUGGAACAUCCCCUUCCUAACGGCUGCGGGCGAAGCUGAAGCCGAAUGUGCGAGGUUGCAAAUGGCUGGAGUGGUUGAUUAUGUUGUAACAAACGAUUCAGACGUGUUAUUGUUCGGCUGUCGCAAAGUGCUUCGCAAUUUUAGCAAGAUUUAUGCUGAUAAGCCUCCCUCGUACCAUUCUCCGAACAGAGCAUCCCCAGAGCGGAAGGCCCACAAGGAAUUGGAAUUUUGGGUGACCCCUGUGGACAUGGAGAAGGUAAGGGCUGUUGUGGGAUUGGACAGGCAACGGUUAUUGCUUUUGGUAGUGCUUAGAGGGGGCGAUUAUGACCUCGGUGUGGGGAAGCUCGGGAUGACCAAGUCGCUCUCAAUUUCCUUGAGUGGAUCACCCAAAAGCCGCGUCCGAGAGGGGCUAUACAAACUUACCGGCCUGGAUGACACUGAGGUGGAUUUUUCGCUGAUGUUCUUUGAUAUUUUUGUUAGCAGUGACUACGAGUAUCUUUCCGGAGUGCUCCCUGACCCCCAGGAAGUGGAAUUAAAGUACGUGGAGUUUUUUGACAAAUUACUGCUGGAAAUCAAUACGUACCCCCUCAAGUAUUUCCCCAGACGGUACGCUAUAACGUUGCUGGAGAAUAUCCCUCCGUUAUCCAUAUCCCUCCUAUAUCUCUUCCCCGCCCUACGAUCAUCUGUAUUCAUGUUCAAGCCGGGAACCGUCAAUUAUGCCGAAUUGAGCCUUAACACGGGUAUGUUAGCGGAUUUGGGUAUCAUUGGGAACGUUAUGAACGGUCAGGCUGUUAGAGCAAAACUAAACCUGUCGAUUAUUUCCCUCGGAGAUACCACGGUCACGAGCGUUCACGGUGAUUUCUUCACCAUUUCUACAGAAAAUGUGCACCAGUCAGUAGUUGGCAGAACCAACACACCGGUAAUUGAGUUCGAAGCGUUUAACGACAGCAGCAUCGUAAUAUUGGAAGAAUCCAUAGUUAUGGCUGUUCACGGCAAGGGCACCUCUGAUGAACCAAUUUUGCUCUCCGACGAUGGGUAG